AUGGCGGAUAACUACACGGAAGUUACAACGCCCAAGGCGACGACGGCCUUCGACGAGGCCAACAAGGCCGCUGCACGUUUGAUCAAGCCCAAGGCCAUCCUGUACACAAGCGCGCUCCUGUCUUGGUUGCAGCCGUUCCAGAGCGGUUGGUCGACGUCUCAGACAAACCUGUCGCAGUACAACGACACGGACGAGUGCAAUGCGCGUCCUGUGGCGGAGGAUACGUGCCUCAUGUUCCCUGGCCACUCGAAGCUGGAGUGGACGUUCGCCGUGAACGCCUGGAUCUUCGGCGCCAUGGUCGGCUCGCUGUGCUGCGGCCACUUCAGCGACCGUCUCGGCCCCUCCGGCACGGCCACCGGAACUAUCGGUGCGUACGUGAACGAGCUGUCGCCGCCGCACAUGCGCAACACUUUGGGUCUGGGUCUGCAGAUCUUCACCACGAUCGGUAUCUUGUUCCCGGCGAUCUGCUUCUUCUUCGCCAACACGAGCUCUGGCUGGCGCUACCUGGCUGCCUUCCCGUGCAUCCUGGCUGUGAUCUACAUGGUGUUGGCGCCAACCAUGUGCAUUGAGAGUCCGGCGUGGCUGCUAACUAAGGGCCGAACGGAGGAGGCCAAGGAAGUGAUCGCUCGUCUGUAUGGCGAGGAGCACGUGCAGACGGCCAUGUCGUGGUUGCAGACGAGCAAGAAGGUGGACACGGCGGAGGAGGCAUCUUCUCGGAUGCCGGCAUUUCGGACUCGCGUGUCGGCACACUGA